AAUUUAGGCAACAGGUACGUUUACUAUUUAGCAAGAUUUACCAAGGCAAGUGAACACACACCCCCUCGCUCUCAUCACUUGUAUCGCGCCUCCAAAGAAAACAAAUGGCCGCUUUUCUUUGUUAAGCUAAUACGCCUGCUUUGGACAUCAACUUCACUGGGGGACUACCCGAAUUUCAGUUGGCCUGAGGUGCAGGAUGAAUAAGAAGAAAAACCCUGUUGUAUUCUUAGAUGUAUCAAUUGAUGGAAGUGCUGCAGAAAAAAUUGUUAUUGAGCUCUUUGCAGAUACUGUCCCAAAGACUACAGAAAAUUUCAGGUCACUCUGCACAGGUGAGAAGGGAGUUGGAGCAUCUACUGGGAAACCUCUGCACUACAAAGGAUGCUUAUUUCACCGUGUAAUAAAAGGGUUUAUGGCACAAGGCGGUGAUUUCUCCAAAGGGAAUGGCACUGGCGGAGAGAGUAUAUUUGGAGGGAAAUUUCCAGAUGAAAACUUUGAAAUUGACCACACUGAGGCUGGUCUUCUCUCGAUGGCAAAUAGCGGUCCUAAUACAAAUGGAUCCCAGUUCUUCAUUACAUUUAAGCGAACUCCUCAUCUUGACGGGAAGCAUGUUGUUUUUGGAAAAGUUGUAAAGGGAAUGGAUAUCGUGAGGAAAAUUGAAGAGUUGGGAACAGCCAAUGGGAAACCAUCUGGGCUUGUGAAAAUUGUGGAUUGUGGUGAAAUGUCUGAGGGAAAAAGUAAUGAUACAACCAAAGCAGAAAAAGGGAAACAUAAAAAGUCAGCCAGAGCUCUUUCCUCUGACGAUGAUUCAGACAGCCGAGAGAAGGGGAAACACAAAUCGUCCACCAAUAGAAAGAAAAGGAAAAAGAGGAGAUACUCUUCGUCUGAUUCUUACAGUUCUGAGACAGAUACUGAUUCCUCUUCAGACUCUGACUCGGAUUCUAAGCUGGACUCCUAUUCUUCUAGUUCUUCAGGUGAUGGAAGGCGUAAGAAGAGGAAGAGGUCGACUAAGAAAGAAAAGAGUCGACGCGGGAAGAAAAAGGACAGAAAGAGUACGAGGAGAAGAGUUCAUCGAAAUAAAAGACCGAGACGCAAGUGGAGCUCAGAGAGUCCUAGUAGCACAGAUAGUGAGAGCCUGAGCAGUAGCAGCAGCGAUAGCUCCGAUGACGAAAAUGGCAGGCCCAGUAAUGCACGAAAAGGUUUGGGGAAGAAAGCAUCAAAGCCUCUCAAAGGACAAGCUGUUUUGAAGCUGCAACAGAAUCUUGAAGAGGCUGAAAUAUCUAAGAAUGAUAAGCUUCCAAUUAAUGGUCAUGAUAGAGAUGUACAAGCUGACAGGACUCUCGCCACAAAUGAUCAAUCUGAUAAUUCCAGCAGAUCCAGGAGCAUGACACCAAGUCCUAAGGGACAGCCAAGACCCAGCUGCCGGAGUAGUCGAAGUAUGUGCCCAACAAAAUUACCUGAUAGACUUGAUCAAAAUGAUGGAAGUCGUCAAAUUGAAUCGAAGGAGAAAAGUCUUUCAAAGAGUCCACAAAAAGCUACUCAGCCAUCUCGGUCUAGUCCUGGCAGAAAUUUAUCUAGAAACAGUUCUCCAGAUGGAGCUUCAAAACGAGUCCGAAAAGGCCGUGGCUUCACUGAUCGUUAUUCAUUUGCAAGACGCUAUCGCACCCCAUCUCCUGAGCGUUCACCUUACAGGCCUUAUUACCAGGGUGGGAGAAAUUUUCAGGGGAAUCGUGAUAGAUACUCAAGCUAUAGAAGCUAUUCUGGUCGCUCUCCACAGGGAUGGUACAGACGAUCACCAAGAGGCAGAACUCCACCCAGUAGAUACCGGCGCCGGAGUCGAAGUAGGAGUGUUUCUCACAGCCUAAGUGCUCUUCCUAGGCAUGAGAGUCGUCGAGGUAGGAGCCCUUCACGCAGUCCUUCCCCUAGAGAAAAGCGGCACACAAUUAAUGAUAGACUGAAGUCUCGUCUUGGGCCUCGUGUGGAUGAUCAGCGUUUUCCCAAUAGGAGGUCAGCCUCAAGAUCUAGAAGCUGUGACUCUAUGCCUUCUCGAUCUCCUGCUGCUGCUCCAAAGAAGCAUAGUAGAAAAGUAGGAUCUGCAUCGCCUAAUAGUUCGAGAUCAACCUCCCCAGCUCAACAGAGGGGUCUAGUCUCAUAUGAGGAUAUUAGUCCCAUUGGGACAAACUAAUAUGUACCCUAUAUGCUCAUAUAUGAGCUAACUAUAUUUGCAAAAAGGUUACGGUUUAGGUUUGAACUUUGUUUGACCAGAAGUUGCUUAGUUGGGAUUGCCAACUCAGUUUUAGCAUUUUGUAUUUUCGUUUAA